UCCCCUAAACCCCAUUAUAUGUGCGAAAAUGGGAUCCGAAGCUAUGGUUCCAGAAUGGGCAUCGGAGCCUUGCAUAAUGGGAAUCGACGAAGCCGGAAGAGGUCCCGUUCUUGGUCCUAUGGUCUAUGGCUGUUUAUACUGUCCUCUCUCCUACAAGAAAACCCUAGCUACUUUGAGUUUCGCCGAUUCUAAGACUCUGAAGGAAGAGAAGAGGGAGGAAUUAUUUGAAGCUUUGAAAGGCAACGAUUCUAUUGGAUGGGCUGUUGAUGUCAUUGAUCCAAAGGAACUCUCUGCUAAAAUGCUCAAGAAGAAUAAGAUAAACUUGAAUGAGAUAUCACAUGACUCUGCUAUGGGCCUCGUUGAUAGGGUCCUCAAAAUCGGAGUGCUUCUAACCGAGGUAAAAUCGGCUACUGAAAGAGAAAAUUGAGGCUUUUGUAACUUU